GCCGUGAACACGAUCGUGAAUUGUUGCUUCUUUCAUUCUUUGCCUCCCUCGAUCGUGAACACGAUCAUUACUAAAGGACUUCAUCUUUUCUUGUGGGUCAGAUUCAAUACAUAUAUAGAUACCCUUCAUAUGGUCCAUAGUUACCAUUUUAUUCAAACUCAAUCUUUCAUUCGGUCAAGGUGCCUGGCUGGCUGCGGUUACUCUCUCCACAUUCAUGAUCUCUUCUUCUUCUUCUUCUUCUUCUUCUUCUUCUUCGAUGCCACCUCCACGUGAUGGGUGGGAAUCGGGACGACAAAGCUAGCUUGUAGGAGAGACUCAAAAUUCUCAGCUGCUCGCUUCAUGAUCUGAAGUUCUGAUCAUUGAGAAAAACUCUAGUAUUUUCUGUCUCUAGCUAGUCUAUCUUAUAUAUAUAUGAACUUCUUGUUGUUGUCGAUCCAUAAACUGCUUGAACCAAACUGCUCGAAAAAGGAUUAUUCCAAGACACGGCUUCUACCUACCGUAUUCAUCAGAAUGAUUACUUUUAAAGAAUUUUCUCAUAUAUUAUGACGUGCAUUUGAGUGAGUUAGCAAUUGCUGCUUACAUAAAUAAAGUAUAAAUAUAAUUUGACUAAUCUAUCGACUCAAGUU